AUGGACUGCGAGGCCAAGAAGGGGAAGAAGGGCUUUGUGUCGCCCAUCAAGCGGCUGGUUUUCCCCAAGGCGGCUCGGAGGCCGGCACUCCGCAGCAGCGUCUACCGGCGGCCGCUGCACUCGGUGCCCCUCUACCCCCCCGACUACUUGAUCGACCCCCAGAUCCUGUUGCAUGACUACGUGGAGAAGGAGGUGAAGUUUUUAGGCCACCUGACAUGGGUGACAGCCUCCCUGAACCCCUCCAGCCGGGAUGAGGUGCUGCAGCUGCUGGACACGGCCAGACAGCUGAAGGAGCUGCCACUGCAGACGACGCCGGAGCAGGACAGCAUCCUCAGCCUCUCGGCACGCUGCCUCCUGCUCACCUGGCGCGACAAUGAGGAGCUGAUCCUGCGCAUCCCCACCCACGAGAUCGCCGCGGCGUCCUACCUGCGCGAUGAUGCCCUGCACCUCCUCAUCCUCAAAACCGGCCUGGGAGUGGACCCGGUCCCCGCCGGAGCGCACCCCGAGGUGGCUCCGGCCGGUGUACCGGAGGCAUUUCCCGCUGAGAAGCGGCCGGGGGGCUCGUGGCCGGAGGGGGGACGGCUGGGGGGUCCGAUGGAGCGCCGGCACACCAUCUGCAGCCUGGACUGGCGAGCGGCGCGGGGCGGGCAGGAAGGCCGGCAGGGCGGCAGCCUGGAGCGGCGGCGGGGCGCCUGCGGCGGCAGCUGGGAGAGGCGACGGGCCGGCACUGCCGGCGGCAGCUGGGAGCGUGGCACGGGCUUCGGCAGCUGGGAGCGGCGGCACGCCGGCAGCAACCCCCUGGAUCCCCAGGAGCCCUGCCCCGACGCCUACUCCAACCUCAUCAUCCUCGCCGUGCCCAACAGGGAUGCCGCCGAGGAGUCCUGCGCGCUCAUCUGCCAGGUCUUCCAGAUCAUCUACGGGGACCAGAGCAUCGAGUGCGUGGACCGCGCCGGGUACCACUACACCUCCACGCCCACGCGGCCCUGGCUCUCCAGCAGGAGCGAGAGCUGCCGCACAGACGGGACGUACGGCUACGAUGCCGACUUCAGCUGCUGCAGCUCUUUCAACGGCUCCCAUGAAACCUUCGAAGCGUAUUACAGCGGUGCCUCCUCGCCCUCCUUCCACCGAUCCCACCACAGCCUGGCCACCGCCUGCAGCGGCAGCGACCAGAGCGGCGCGGGGCUGGAGCAGCUGCAGGACUACAUGGUGACGCUGCGCAACAAGCUGUCACCGCAGGAGAUCCAGCAGUUCGCCCUCCUGCUCCGGGAGUAUCGCCUGGGCACGCCGGUGCGGGAGUAUUGCGCCGAGCUCCUGCGCCUCUAUGGGGACCGCAGGAAAUUUCUCCUCCUGGGAAUGAGGCCCUUCAUCCCUGACCAAGACAUCGGGUACUUUGAGACCUUCCUGGAGAGCAUCGGCAUCCGCGAGGGCGGGAUCCUCACCGACAGCUUCGGACGCAUCAAGCGCAGCAUGAGCAACACGUCAGCCUCGGCCGUGCGCAGCUACGACAGCUGGUCCCUGCGCUCCGAGUCCGAGUCCUUCAACCGCAUGAUCACGGACAUCACCCACGACAUCGAGGCGCUGGCGCGGGAUGAGGAAGAGGAGGAGGAGGAGGAGGAAGAGGACAACUACCUGUGA